ACGGGGCAGCGAAGCCGAAGCCGACAGCGCCGGGUCCGCUGCGCGGCUGCAGUGUAGAGGAACAAAACGACCGACGGCGGUGCCUGGAAUGGCUGGGUUGACGCAGCGCUGAGGAACGAGUUCCGGCGGCAGCACCGAAACACGACCGACGACAGUACCGGGGUUACGACGAGGAAACAACGUCGAGGUACGACAGUCGACAGUGCCGUAAGGUACGACAAACAAGCAGCAUCGUGGUGCGAUAGGCGACAGUGCUAGACUACGUCAGUGAGAGGACACGACCAGUGCCAGUGCCAGAGUACCUCUGACCUACCAACCGCGCUGUCGGUACGAACGGUUGCGUUAUCGGUGCGACGGGCCGGCGGCGUCGGCUGUCGCUGACGACGAUGCGCGAUGCUCCGCUGGCGGCCGUGGCUGCCGCCUUUGCUGCCGCUCCUGUCACUGCUGACGCUCCUGGUGCUGUCGGACCUGACCAGCUCCUCUCCGACCGCCGCACCCACGGAGACCGGCGCUGGGUGGAGCCCGCCGGCGCCAGUGAAUCACUUGACGUGCUACUUCUGCGAAAACGUCGAAAACAACUACAUCUGCAACCGGUUCGCCAUCGACCACCCGUGCCCGGCAGGGACCACCUUCUGCCGCACCCUGCACAUCAUGGACACCCGCGGCGGCAGCGUGGUGGUCAACAAACACUGCGCCACCGAGGACCAGUGCCGCGACGACCGCGUCGGCUGCCUGCAGCAGGACCACCAAAAGACGUGCGUCUCGUGCUGCCACAGCUCGUACUGUAACGAGCCGGUGCCCACCAACUACUCCAACGCCGUGCGGCAGCCCAAGCCCACAGCCCCCACUCGGGCCGUCAAGUCGGCCGGCGCGGCGGCGGCGCCCCGACUGCUGCUGCUGCUGGCUGCGGCGGCGUCCCGACUGCUGCUGCUGCUGGCUGCGGCGGCGUCCCGGCAGCUGCUCAGUGGUAGCCGGCAGCUGUGACAGCUGCUCAGUGGGCAGCUGCUCUGGCCGGAAGAGAGCUGGUAGCUGCGCCAUUUGGUGUUACACAGUCGCUCUGACCAGACUGGCGACGUGCCGUGCUGCUGACCGCGGAAGCUGCUCCGGUCGGGCGGGGAGCAGCGCUGUGGCAGCUGCAGUGUAUGUACACGCUCCGAUCAAACAGGAGACAUGUUGUGCAGCUGACCGUGUUUGUGACUGCACCGAUCGGGCCAGACUGGCAGUCGCACUGCUGAGUGCUGAGUGGGGCACCUGCCUGUGUGGGCAGUCAGAAGCGGUGCUGUUGGUUAAGCUAUACCUGUGCUUGGGAGGCCAAUUUUACAGCUGUGAUGCGUGAUACAACUCCACCGGACACAAUGGAGCUGUAUGGGAGCAGACAGAGCUUGGCAUGGGCUGAUGCCGUUACGGCAUACGUAGACGUGUGAAAGCUCGGCGGACGAAGGGAGCAAACGGCCACGAGGAUAACUGUGUGUAUCAUCCCGGACCAGUGAGGCAUUGUUGUGCUUGACUCAUGAGUCGAGUCAGAAAUUUGACUCAAAUCUGACUCAAAUGAGUCAGGUUUGAGUCGAGUCGGAUAAAAUGUUGAGCUGUUGAGUUGAGUCAGAGUUGAGUCGGACAAAAAUAUUAAGGUGUUGAGUUGAGUCAGAGUUGAGUCAGUAAAAUAACUUUUGACAUUGCGUUGAGUCAAAAACAUUUAGGAACAUGAGUCAGCUGACUAAUCUUUUUAGAAACAAUAUAUAAGCUUUUCUAACAACUUAGGCCUGGCCCUGCUGCCGGAUUCCCCCCCCCCCCCCCACUCAACAACUUUUUUAUCUGAGUCAAUUUUGAGUCAACACACUUGACUGAACAAAAAAGUUGAGUCAAGUUGAGUCAACUCAUACUUUCAUUGAGCCGCUUGAGUCAUGAGUCGAGUCAAGGGAAAAAAUCAGCUCCUUGUUUGAGUCAGAGUUGAGUCAGGGCUUUCUUAAGUUGAAUGAUGAGUCGAGUCGGCAUACUCGGCAACUUUUUUGAGUCGAGCACAACCCUGCUGAGUGAGGCCGCGCGGUAAACGGUCGGUAGUUGUUGGACAGCUAAUGGCUCAUUGUCUCAGCUACGAGCGGGGCUGUUCCGAGAGAGCUCACAUCCCGCUUAUUGUUAUGCUACUGCUGUUAUGUUGUCCCUAUUGUUGUAGUGUUUGAAUAGAGAAUUGUUAUCGACGGCGCGUCACCAGCGCAGUCGAUAACUCGCCUGAGUGACUGUUCGCUCCUGAUGACGUUAUUAGGAAUCCUGUGGAGAGCAAGGUUCAGGGUGACAAUGAAGUCUGUGGCUCGAACUUGGGUUGAAGUUCUGGU